CCGGCAUUGGCUGGAUCCGUGACGAGAUAGCUGAAGGUUGAGGAGAAGAGGGAGGAACGAGGGAUGGCUUGGUGUUUACGGCGAUCGUGCUAAAAUGAGGUUUUCAGAAAGAAUAUUCCAAAAUGAAUGGUAACAGACAAAUUGAAGUUCAUUAUAUUAAUACAGGGUUUCCUUAUACAAUCACGGAAAGUUUCAUGGAUUUGUUUGAAGGCCUUUCAUAUACUCAGGGAGAUAUGUUUCUUGCAGAAGCUUUGCAGGACCAGGGAAACCCAUAUUGGUCCAUGAUGCAUGCAAAUUCAUAUAAAUAUGGUUUUUCUGGCUCAAUUGGAAGCUCUUACUAUAACUUUAGUCAGUUAUAUGAGUUAAAUGAUUAUGCACCAAGAUUAGAUGGACGUAGGAGACAGUGGGAAAAUCCUUUACCUUCAGGUAAUGUAGAGGUGCCGCAGGUAGGGCCUUAUGGAUCUGGUGGGGCCGAGCCUACUGCUAAUACAAACACUGAAGAACGCGUUCGAGCUAACAACACAAGCAGUCCUCAGCAAUACAUUUGGCAAGACAGUAUCGAUCCUGACAGUAUGACAUAUGAGGAACUACUAGAUCUUGGUGAAUCAGUUGGAAGUCAAAGCCGAGGUCUUUCUCAAGAGCGUAUAUCUUCACUUCCUGUGACGAAAUAUAAAUGCAGCUUCUUUUCGAGAAAGAAGAAACAAAAUGAAAGGUGUGUAAUUUGCCAGAUGGACUAUAAAAGAAGGGAUCGACAAAUGACUCUACCGUGCAAGCAUGUUUACCACUCUGGAUGUGUCAGUCGAUGGCUUAAUAUAAACAAGGCCUGCCCAGUUUGCUCUGCGGAGGUUCCUAACGACGAGCCUAGGCGAUAGUUAAAACUGCGGGACAGGUACGGACCCGAAAUGGUACAGAAUGUAGCAAUUGCAUUUCUUAUUCUGUUACCUUUGAAGUAGUAAAAUUGGUUGGUAGAAGCUUUGCAGAUUGGGUUGAUUAGUAUUUAAUGGGUAGUUUGAAAUGAAUGUUGUGCAACAUUUGUAGGCAUUUACAGGCUUCUUACGUCUUCGGGGUAGAAGAUUAUACAGGGACCCUUAAAACGAGUCAUAUGCUUUGAAGAUGUCCCUUUAGUUUUGUAAAUGUUUUUUUUUUAUUUAUUUUUUAUUUUUAGUAUUUUUAUAUUAUGACUUGGCUUGCGUGAUCCAUUGUGGUGCUCUUCCUAUUAUUUGGCAGUCUUUGCCGAUAUUAUUGUCUUCCAAUA